GGAGAGAUCGACACAAGUCGCUCUUUCGACGACUUCUGCGUACUAGUAUUUUGAUUAUCGUUUCUGCAAAGCUCCCAGCAGAUGUUCACAUUGCGAAAGAGCUUCACUGUCAUGUGCCACGCUAUAGGAGUAGGAAUGGAAUAAUUCGCUUUGUUUUGUCCGUGGAUUAUUGAGCUGGUACUGUGGUAGCGGAACUGGAAACUGGAAGUCGAUGAAGUGUCUCCUGAAUGAAUACUUGAUUGAAUAUCCCCUUCGUCAGAAUCCUGUGAUAGUUAGAGCUUCACUAUUCUAGAGUCUUACACGCACAGGCUUCCAGGCUUGGACCAUACACCAGAUACUGCCAAUGUAGUAUUUAUUCUCUGGACUCUCGUAUUGCAGAGCCUUGGAUUGCAGUCGAUCGCCCUAUACACAUACGAUCGUUGCCAGUAACUGAGUCAAAAUGUUGUUCGGCUGCCCAACGCGGCGUGCGAAGCAUGCCAAGAACAGCAUGAUAACCGACUGGAUAUCUGAUUCGUAUCGUGGCGAGGAUGACCGCUCUCUGUCGCAGUUCUCCACGGCUAGUAGUAGUGGCCUGGGUUCACAUCGGACGCGAAAAGCCAAGGUGCUGCAGACGUACAAGGCCCAGCUGGCCAAUGAGAUGAGUGUGACUGAGGGAGAGAUCAUACACAUACUGCACCAUGCCAAGAGCUGGGCUUACGUCAUCAACUCCGAGGGACAGAAAGGCUACAUACCAUAUACGUAUUGCGGAGAAUCGCAGGGUACGUUUCCGAGACACAGCAUGCGCUCGGCCACACACUCAACCGUCAACACCGGGACAGGACACGCCGCGGUUAAACGAAGUCAGAACAAUGGAAACAUCGCAUCACAGCCCGACUGGGAACAGUACGGCAAUGGAGGCCCGAAUAUGCCGCGCCGACACAAGACUGAUGACAACAUCAGUGUGUACAGCAUGCCCAUUGAUAAUCUUGAUCUGGCUGAUACGUUAUCACUCAGAUCGAGCAUGGAUCCAGAAUUGGGCAAGCGCCUAGGUUCAGGUGUGUACAUGGCUGACAUCCUGCCGUUCUUCAAGGUACCAUAUGGAAGGUCAGUCGUGCUGUUCGAUUUCAAUGGCGAGGAGGAAAAUGACUUGCAUGUGGAACGGGGAACGGACGUCACCGUCUUGAAUCAGGAUGAUCCCGGAUGGCUGUGGGUGCGAACCGAUGACAAACGCGAAGGUUUCAUCCCGCGUACGUACAUCUGUCAGUGCGGCUGUACAAGCAUUCACGAACAGAUCGUUGAGAGCCUGCAGGAGACGAUGCAGCGGCAGGAGGAGCUACACAUGGAACAGGAGAGGGCGCUGCGACAGCAUCAGCAGAAGCAGCAGCUAAGGCAGCAGUACCCUGAAGAGGAUAUCAUUGAGGAGGCGCAGGAAAGUGAUAUGGCCGAUUACCCCGAGUACGACUAUGCACGCUUCCAAUCAGCUGACCUACCGCACAAGACGACCGUCAAACCAGAUAAAAGUGGAAACCAGGAGGCUCAUUAUUCAGUGCAGAAGGAAGCAGAAGCCUACAACGGUAAGCCGAAAACAACGUACGCAACUGUUGUUCCAAAGGCAGAACGGAACAAACUUGGCAAGGACGACUCGUGGGACUCUGACACCAAUCCGCGCAUCGGUCCCCACGACCUCUGUUUGAGGAUAACAAACGCUGUGACGGGACCAUCAGAGGUGAAUUAUCUAGACGUGGACGUCAACGAUUAUGUAUACGUCACAGAGGAGAACUUGCAGAUCGGAAAAGGCAGUGGCUGGCUGUUCGUCUAUUCGCCUGAUGUUGACCGCUACGGCUACGUUCCGGAGUCCGCCGUGCAGAGCCAGAAGUAACAGUUAUUGUGUGUGUGUGUGUGUGUGUGUGUGUGUGCAUGAGCAUGUCUGUGUGUUGGUGUGUUUGUGUAUCCGUGAGCGUGGGUAUAAGGGUGUGUGUUUGUGCUAUCGUUGAUAUGGGAGAAAACCAGUGGGUGUACGUCCAGCACACUUGCCAGAUUAGUGUGCUUCUGUUGUGAUGGGCGUACAUGGUACAUAGUGUAUGUGCGUGUGUGUGUGGUGUAUGUGCGUACUUGUGUGUGUGUGUGUGUGUGUGUGUGUGUGUGUGUGUGUGUGUGUGUGUGUGUGUUGGUGCAUGCAUACGCAUGUGUACGCAUGUGUACUGCCACUCCAGUCAUGUGUUGGACAGCAGGGCUGCUACACAGCUAAUUUGCGUACACACUGACAAUCUCUUUGUCUGCUGUCACAGUGCAUGUUUGACUUGAUCAGCUGUAUAAUUAUGCCGGACUUCAGGAGGUGGGAGUUAGGCUUACUAACCUAUGCUAGCCGUUAGUACAGUUUAUAUCAUAUGUUCCAUUCAUAUCUAGGAGUCAUAAAUUUUAAUAGUAGACUAAUAUAUAAUGACUAUAGGAUUAGUUUUAGCUAGGGUAACUUUGGCCAUAGAAGAUUUCUUUUGAGCUUUCAUUUAGUUUGUCUGUACCUGCCCAUACUCAGUAUCUUUGCUGUGCCCGGGCAUUGUACUUUUACUGCACAUGUGUCAGCUGCUGCUGCUGCUGCUGAUGUUCUUUCCUGCUGCCAGUCCCAAAGGAGAUGCGGCUUCUGCUGUCACUCUGUGCAUGUAUAUGCACUGAAGAUUUGUGUGAUUUGGUUUGCUUUGGCACGUGAUGUGUCACUUUUUCUAUUGCUCAAGACUUCUACUCUAAACCGCCACUGGUGUCUGCUUGAGUGACUGCAUGUCCCUGCAUGCAUUCGGCCCCAUCUGUUGAGAUCAUUAUAUGAGUGGUGACAUGCUUUUUUUUUCAGGCCGCCUCUGAAUCUGUACAUCUGCUGCUUUGAAUGUACUACAUGUACUGAGAUGAGUUGCUUUGUGGACGUAGGAUACUAAGGGGUUGGUCGUGUACGGAUUCUCAGCUGGAUGCUCGGCUGGUCGUGUACGGAUUCUCGGCUGGAUGCUCGGCUGGUCGUGUACGGAUUCUCAGCUGGAUGCUCGGCUGGUCGUGUACGGAUUCUCAGCUGGAUGCUCGGCUGGUCGUGUACGGAUUCUCGGCUGGAUGCUCGGCUGGUCGUGUACGGAUUCUUAGCUGGAUGCUCGGCUGGUCGUGUGUGCCGGAUGCUAAGCUGGCUGUGUACAGAUUUACAGUUCCAUAGUGUACUUGACAGCUAUCCAUUUAAAGCACCUCAAAGAUGAAGUUGCUGGUUUCAUAGAAAAUGCCUGUCCGUUCACAUAAUGGAUAACCUGAAAAUAGACACACAUCCCCUCAUAGAAAAUAAUAAUUUUAUGCUUUUCUAGAACUCAAUCAAUCUCAAAGAUACGCGUAGGCGACGAGUAGAAACAUAAGAGUACUGUAUUGUUA